AUGCUGCUCAUGUUACCAGAAGAGAUCAUAUGUAUGAUUGCAGAACAGUGUUCGCUGAGGGAUCAAGCUUCACUGGCACGCUCGUGUAUCCGGCUGCAUGGAAUAUGCAAUCACAUCCUGUACAGCAACGACGCGCGGAACCACAAGUGUUCUUCUGUGUUUCAUGCUAUAGCCUGGUGCCACGACCAGUUCCUUGCCCUGAAGACCCUCAUGGCAGCCAAGGCAGGUGGAGCAGAUUUCAAGCGAUGCCGUGAUUCCCGUAAUCAUCAUCCCGCGUCCCUCCACCACUCCGACGCGACGCUCCAUUCUCCCAUCCAUCUGGCAGCCAGGCGCGGACUGGAUGGCAUCGUCUCCUUCCUUAUCGAUCAAGGCAUCCCCCCAGAUGGACUGGAGGAUGUAAAAAGAACGCCUCUCGCGGAGGCCAUCUUACACAACCAAGAGUCGGCUGCCAUCCUUCUAGUUCAUCGAGGUGCGUCCGUCGGGCUUCAGCCUCCGCAGUUCGAGGCGUACUGCGCUGCUAUUCGCCAGGGCCUUGCAGAGCUCGCAGAGAUCAUCGUAAAGGCAAGGGGCAUCGAUGUCAACUCUGAUGUUGGGUACGGUUGCACGGGAUUCCUAUUGGCUGCGUACUACAAACAGAGUCGAGUGUUGCGCGCCCUCCUCGACCUCGGAGCCGAGGCGAAAGGGGCAUUGCGGCAUUUUAGCCAGACUCACUCGUUCGCAUCUCUUUUGUGGACCUUGGAGGCCGGUGCUGUAGCCUUGCGGAAACACCUGGGCCCCAGAGGGCUCCUUGACCUCGUCGUAUCCGUCGUCAUGGAACAGGCGGCGCCGAUUCAGAAGAGCCAGCAGGUGGCCGCGUUGCACACUCUGCUGGAUCUGUUGCAGAGAGAAAAGUCUGCCGUAUAUUCGGGAUCCGCGCUCCCGACUGAUGAGUUAGAUCGUUUCCUGGAUGCCCUCCUGCAGAGAGUGCUAUCGGUUAAUCGCACAGACGCAGCUAUCGCGUCGGCACUGUUGCAGCAUGGUGCCCGCAUUCGAGUGGGCAUCUUCUUGCAGCUUAUAGAUGCCCUCAAUUCAUGGACCUUUUCCAAGGACACUUCGCGCUGCCUACGUCGCUAUCCCAAGCUCCUUCAAAGCUUUGACUUUGUAUAUUCUUACUGCGUCAACCUUGCGCCCACAAAAAGGAGUUUCACGAUCGACUACUUCGUCGAGAACGUACCGAAUCAAGCCGUUCGACUCGUGCACGAGUUGAAGCGGCUCGAUUUACCACUUACAGCCAGGGGAAUCCAGAGGAUGGGUCUCAGAAUAGCCAGGGAAGGGAGCCGGGAAGCGCAGUCCGGCAGUGCGGCUUAG